AGAUCCAAAGUUUCCGUUCGUAAAGCCGAUAGCCUAGCCGAUAUCAUGAAUUUGUUGAUGGAUCAAAAAGAUGCAUCAUUGCAGAUUGAGAAGCGAUCCAGCCGUUUUGCCAUCAAAGAUAUUUGUACUUUUCCCGAGGACCCCAAAGUUGUGACAGUGGAUUAUAACAAGGAAGUGUACCCAAGUCAACCGUUUUGCCAGCCAAGUCCUAUUGCUAUGCCAAUCAAUGUCCCAAUUCACCACGUUAUCUACCCCAACUAUGUUACGCUGUAUCGAUGUCUUGGUGGGCAAUUUAGCAGAUUACAACAAUGUGUGGCCAGCAAGAAAGAAAGAAUUAUCGUGAAAUACUUGGAACUUACGACCAAUACGUAUGAGGGCGCCGUGAUGUACAACCACACGGAAUGCACCGAAAACUGCAUUUUCAAGCCAGAAGAUUGCAAUCCCCGAACAGAAACCUUCAAAAACUGUCACUGCAACUGCAACAUUAACGCAAACCACUGCAACAGCACAUGGCAAACAUUCAACUCCCACAAAUGCGACUGUGAUUGCAAGUACGUUCAAAAGUGCGAUAUCGACAAGGAAUGGAACCCAGUCACGUGUCAGUGCCAGUGUCUGAAGUGCCUGCGGGACCUCUGCACCAAGGCAAACUUAGGGAUAAACGAGGAAACGUGUUACUGCAAUGGUCAAGCAGUUUCUCGUAGGUCUUCAUCAGUACGCUUCAGUUAUAAAAAAUCCAUACUCUUUAGAAAUAAAAAUAAUUAAUCAACCAUGCAGGAUCUAAAAAUAGACCACUGACCGGAAGUAGUUUAAACUAAAAAUACUAAAACCGCUGAAGAUUGCAGGCUUAACAUAUUCAACAUUAUAUACAUGGUAUAUUACUUUGCGCAAGUGGGACUUCUUAGGACAAGUGGAUAAUCGUAACCUAUUGAUUACUAUCAAUCACGUGAAUUUUUGGAGUUGACUGGGGGGCAAACAAGCGGUUGACUGGGGGGCAACUAG